AUGUCUCCCCACAACGGCGGCUGCCUUUGCGGCAAGGUUCGCUACAUGUAUGAUGCAGAGCCGGUAACAAAAGUUCUUUGCCACUGCCAUGAUUGCCGCAAAAUCAGUGGCAGCAGCUACAGCGUCAAUUUUCUCAUCCCCGAUGCAGCAUUCCGGGUGACUGCCGGCACGCCAAAGGUCUUCAGCAAAGUCGCUGAUUCGGGAGCCACUAUUGUCAGCUACUUCUGCGGUGACUGCGGGAGUAUGAUGUGGCGCGAGUCUCCCACUUCUGGCCCCAAUAAAGUGCUCAAAGCUGGGACCUUGGAUGACGCCGACAAGAUCAUUUCGACUGCGGUAAUUGAUUUAGAGGCGUUUACGCGCUCCAGGAUAGAGUGGGUGCAGCCUAUAGCCGGCGCAAGUCAGAGGGCCGUAUAG